AUGAAUGCCCUCCAAGAUCUUUCCAAAAAGACGUCGAUCAACUCUCUUCUUAACCCACAGGAGGCUUCCGCGUUUCCCGCUUCCGUUGACGCGAACCCAGGGCAUCAUAACAAUCAGGGAGUCAUCUACGCAACUUCAUUCAGCAAUGGUUCUUCUUUUCAUCUAAGAGCUGCUAGCUGGGAUUCUGUCAAUGAAGCCAAACGCAAGGCAGAGAACGGCGCGAACGGUCACCACCACCUUCAUCCUCAUCAACAUGUGUCCUCCGCGGAGACGUACUCCGAUAGUCGCGCACCUCGCAUGUCAAGGUCUCGGAUGGGCGAUAUCCAACCAUUCCAUAUUGAAGGGCCGGUGUGGCAGCCCCAGCAAGACGUCGCAACCAUGUCCUAUGGCGCCUCCGUCGUACCGCCCUUGUACUCCGCAGAACGCACACCGAUAGGAGGCGAUUACCAAAGCCAUAUUUACCAAGCUACUGAGCGAGCGUCUGUUCGCCUAGCAGCACGCGGAAUGGUAACGGAGGGACCGCAGCAUCAUCAAGAUAUCCGUUACAACGGCAUGCCGUACUACCCUCCCAACGGCGUGUAUCACCCUGCCGUCUACUCGCAACAGUCCCAGGAACAGUCAGAGGUAGUGCCAUUGGCCUCACUCCCAGCACAGCCUCGGCCAGCGAGUUCCUCUGGGUCAGCGAAACGACGAUCUCCAGACAGUGAAGUAACUCCGGCACCAAAAGCAAAACGAACCGCCAAGCCGAAAACAGGUCCAGAAGGCCCUUCAAAGCGUGGUUACAACGCUCAAAAGCGCAGUGAGGCUGCCCAGAUUGUCGCUCAAAAUGCACAAUUAUUGCCGACCGUGAAGUACGCGCAAGUGACAAGCGAGAAGGGGAAAGAGAAAGGUUCUGAUGUGCGAAUGCAGCUUGUUUCCCCUGACGUAGGCGCCAGUGAAGCGAGCGUCUCCCUCCAUCCGGAAUUACAGUUUGCCCGCUGCAUGUCCAACCGUUAUCGGAAUGACCAGUUUCCGCGUUGUGUUUCGUGCACGAGGCGGUGGGCGGGUGAUACUUGCCGCUUUCAAGGUAUCAGAUUUUUCCUCAAGGAUUCAGAACGGAAUAUGGUUGGUAUUAGCUUUGUUGAAACCCAAAAGGCUGAUCUACCAACCAUGAAUUUCCCCACACGGUGGAAUGUGCCGUUGAGGGCGGAACAUAUCAAUAGGACCAAGAGAGCUAUUGCCAAGGCCCUCUUACCAACACUAAGGCUGGAACGUGAGCACUUGAAGUUGCCUGAGCUGAUUCGACGAGUACGCGAAAGUGAAGUCCGGGCCACAUGUGACACGUGCAUGACAUCCAUUUUUUCGUCAUCGUGGAUGUGUCGCCUCUGCGGGCGAGAGGCCUGUGGGGAAUGUUUUGCCCAGGUUAGGGAACUUACUUUCGAUCGACCCGGAGCAGGGCAAGCAGAAAUUGCCGCGCUUCAAGCCCGUAGAGAGAAACAUGCACAUAGCAAUCCGUUCUUUUUGAGCUGCACCCGCCGAAAUGAACACCAAGCCAAGGAUUUUUCCCCCAUGUCUCGUUUCUGCAAGGAGGAACUAGGAGCUGCCAUUGAUGCUAUGGAGAGGCUCUUGAUUGAAGUUGGUACUGAAGAUCGUGAACAUCAACAGGGGACACUGAACGAGAUUGGUUCAUCUAAAGAGGAUGGUGUCACGGUUCAGAGCGGUAGCAGCAAUAAUCACGAAAAUCAGACAAGAUCCCUUUUACACCAGGAUCUUUCCGCCUCUCUUGGCCAUCUAUCACAGUCGAUCCCCUCCACAAGUUAUACCCCUUCUUUUCAGUCGGCUGCAAUGCAUACACCAGAACCGCCCAGAUACCCUCAAGAACCAUCACCUCAUACCAAUGCUCCACCCCACCCUACUCAGUCGCUUCCCAUACAAACACAAGCAAUCCACCUAAAUGGUGCAGCAGCCCGUCUAACCCAAGCCUCAACACCUUCAUCUCAAUCGCAACCCCAUACGCACAACGCCAAGGAUACUCAAUCUUCGUCUCAAUUCCCUCCAUCAUUAGCUCCUCGAGGACUCGCUUCUCCCCCAUAUAUUCCACCUAAUCUUCCCGAAUCCAUUGCCUCCAUUCCGUACCAUGAGAUCCGCCGAUACUCUAACUCAGAGUUGUCGUCGGUAGACGCCACAAACAAAUUUGCUCGGAUAUGGGCAUUAGGCGAGCCCCUCUUGGUGACGGAUGUUCUGCCGCAGUUUAAAAUCCAAUGGACCCCAGAAUAUUUCAAUGAGAAACAUGGCGACCAGAAUUGCCUGAUUCUCGAGUGCCAGACGGACGUGAACAAACGGGUGACUGUUGGAGAGUUUUUUAGAUCAUUUGGAAAGUAUGAGAACAGGACAGAAUGUUGGAAAUUGAAAGAUUGGCCUCCAUCAACCGAUUUCAAGUCUGAGUUUCCUGAACUAUACGCGGACUUUAGCCAGGCCGUUCCCGUUCCCGACUUUGUUCGUCGCGAUGGUGUAUUCAAUAUUGGAUCGCAUUUUCCAACCAACACCAUUGGGCCUGAUCUUGGUCCUAAGAUGUACAACUCGAUGGCCUCGACUCAAAAAGCAGGAAGCAAAGGCUCCACCCGUCUACAUAUGGACAUGGCAGACGCAAUUAACAUCAUGACAUACGCAUCGCCUUGCCCUGAUGGAACCCUAGGGUGCGCAGCUUGGGACCUCUUUCGGGCCGAGGACAGCGAUCGACUGCGCUCGUUCUUGAGAAAGCGAUUUGGGGGUGGAUCAAUACAAGAUCCAAUCCAUACUCAGCAGCAUUACCUCGAUGAAGUAUUGCGCAAGGAGCUAUAUGAUAACUGGGGUGUGAAGAGUUAUAGGGUAUACCAGCGGCCCGGGGAAGCCGUUUUUAUUCCUGCUGGCUGUGCUCACCAGGUAUCGAAUAUGGCGGACUGCAUCAAGGUAGCGAGCGACUACGUCAGCCCUGAGAAUAUUGAACGCUGCGAGAGGUUGACGAGGGAGUUCCGGGAACAGAAUCAAAGCAAGGUGUGGAAGGAGGAUGUUUUGCAGCUUAGGACGAUGAUGUGGUUUGCAUGGCUAUCAUGUUGCGAUCAAGAGAAGAGGGUAUCGGAAUGA